AUGUGCAAAGCUACUGCUAUAACAGAGCAAUGUUCCCAGUGCAACGAGAAGGUAAUCGUCACACUUGUAUCGCAACCCUAUGACCAAAGCGAGUGCCGACCGGAAACCGACACACGCCACUGCCCCAACGGGUCUACGAUCGUAGAUGACGAAGGCAACAACCCCACCAACUGGAAACUGAAAGUUCUCGUCCAAACCAAAUCCAACUAUAACCAGUGUGGCCAUUUGGGACAUGUCCCCUUUAACCAUGGCAAGGAUCAUUUGAAUGCAGUCCGCCAUUCUGCGUGGGCAGACGUCUGCAAAUCCAUCGGAUGGGAAUUGCGCACCUACCAAGCACCCGAUGAGGUACGCCACUAG